UGCAGGAAAAAGGGAGCUUCCUGUCAUCGGAUGUGGUGGUGAUAUGGUUUCGGUCGCAGUUAUUAGCAAGACAUUGAAAGAAUAGUGACAAAAAUAGGACUGGUUCAGAUUUUAUUCUGGCUAUCUGGUCUAUCAAAUUAUUAGGAUUUUAAUUUACAAAUGUUUUUCUAAAUUUUAAUUUUAUUGGACGACAUAUUUUUUUCUGGUUAAUAUUUUAAAGACUUUGCAUACAGGACUAUCAAGGAGGUGAAAAUUACAUAACGUAAAAAACUUUCCUAAACAAACUGAUUUCGAUAUUGCGACGAAAAAAUAUUUAAAACUUAUUUCCCAAAGUUUUCACACAGAAAAGAUUGUUGGACAAAAAAAACUGAAUCAUCCUUGAAGAAACUAAUAUUACGCUGAAGUAAGACUUAUCUGGGAGGACAUCCCUUAUAGUAGUACACUGUGCACUUCCCACUAUAGUCUGAAUAAUAGCAAUAGGAAUGGUGAAUUUGAUUCAUUGUCAUCACAAGACAAAUUUCGUAUUCUUUAGUACUUUUAUAGCACAUAGGUUAUUUUGACGAAAAAUAAUCCGAAUUACUGGUUAGAAAGUAUUUUGUUAGGUUUCUGAGUAAGAACAUAUUUGAUAAAUUUUUAGCACUGAUUCUACACCAUUUUAAUGAAUUAAAAAGGACGUUAGAAAAUAUUUAGUCUCCCAACUAUUUUACAGAAUUCCCAUGCAUAAGAAUUAGAGAAAUAUAAUUCCAAAACAUUUUAGCGCAGCUCAAAUAAAAACCAACAUGGAAACAUUAAUGGACAUAAUGAAUUAUUCAAGUAUAUUUCUUAAUGACACAGAGGAUUUUAUGGAUAGAAACUUUAGCUUUUGGAAUUCGACUGGUGUUGCUCUUGAAUUUCAAGAACCGUCACCUUAUUAUGGAGAAUACUUAACAAUAUUCCGAAAUAGUUACGGCUCUAUCCACGGUUAUUUGAGCCUAAUUGUAUGCAUGUUUGGAAUAACAGCAAAUGUUCUCAAUAUAAUUGUUCUGACAAGAAAGAACAUGGUGUCACCAACUAACGCCAUUCUUACAGGACUUGCUGUAGCUGAUAUGUUGGUAAUGUUUUCGUACUUACCUUUCACAUUCCAUAACUACAUUCGCACAGAUCUGAGUGAAAAGGAAAAAUUUUCAUAUGGCUGGGCAAUUUUUACACUUUUUCACGCUCAUUUUACGGUGGUAAAUCACACAAUAUCCAUUUGGCUAACAGUCACCGUUGCUAUUUGGCGUUUCAUGGCAGUUAGUUUUCCAGCCAGCAGUGCCAAUUUGUGCUCUAUGCCACGUGCCAAGUGUGCAAUCAUCGCUACAUAUGUCACAUGCGCAAUUUUCUGCAUACCAGUGUAUAUCACAUUUACAGUCUCUAAAUUCAAAGGGAAUGAUGGAGAUGUAAUGUACCGUGUGGACUUCAGCAAGAUUGCCCAAAGACAUGACAAACUCCUGGAAAAAAUUAACUUCUGGCUUUUCAGCGUCAUCACGAAAUUAGUACCUUGUGUCGCUCUUACAGCACUCAGUUUGGGUCUUAUACGAGUUCUUUAUGAAGCAAAUCUUCGACGGCAGCGGCUCAAAAAUAGGGCAGAGAGUGAUAGAUCCCAUGAUCGCACUACAAGGAUGUUGCUGGCAGUACUUCUGUUGUUUCUUCUAACUGAAUUUCCAGCUGGUCUCCUAGCUUUAUUGAGUGGCAUAUUAGGGACAGAUUUUUUCAAUAACGUUUAUCUAAAUUUUGGAGAAACUAUGGAUGCUCUAGCUCUAAUUAACAGUGCAAUAAAUUUCAUUAUUUAUUGUUCAAUGAGUAGGCAAUUUCGAGACACAUUUGCGUAUUUAUUUUUGCCUAAAUGUAGUAAAACUCAAGAAUUGACACCAAUUGCGGAACCGUCCCGUACUGUGGCUACAACAUGUGUUUAGAUGUUAGGUACUUAACGUAUGAAAGAAGAUUAAGUUCAGAAGUGAAUUCGUUAAAACUGCCGCUGAGAUUACAUAAUCUUGAACUUUGGGUAUAAUUUCCGCACAUAAAAGGAUUUCAGCAUUACAAAAGUGAUGCAUUAUAAUAACCUGUUAUGGAAAAACUGGAAAAAUCAAUGCAAGAGAUAAAAAUGGCAUAGCGUUGCACAAAUGAAACAGUUUUAUCUCAUGUUUACUUCUAAUCAAUAGAUUGGAAAUUUUAUAACAUUUCCAGUCAAUAAGAGGUGCACAAUAUUUGCGUUUAAAUUUGGAACUCUAUAGUUAUAUUAUAGAAACUAACGCCAAAAGUAGAUAAUUUUCCGUGAAUGAAGCAAAUUACUAAUGGUUUAUAGUUGAAAGAGCCUUUAUUAUUAUGAUUGGUCAUCUAUUUUAUCCGAAGACACUUUCUCAAGGUUAACUGAGAGGAAAUGGUAGAAUAUACCAACUUUCUGAUGAGGUGCUAAAUCAUAUAAUUCAGCAUAUAGACUGGAAAGAACAAUCUAUAAUUACUUUUGAUUGCAUUAUUAUUUAUUUUUAAUUUGAUAAUGUCUAAAUUAUAUUAAAAUAUGAAGUAUUCUUCAAGAUUUAAAUUAUCAUUACUUCUUACUAGCUUAAAAUCAAUAUGCACAUACUGUAUAGAAUUUAUCUUUAAAGAAUUAGACCUCAUUGCUGAUAAAUACAGAUAUAAAGUUCAGCUCAAGCUCAAGAAUUUGCAAUGUUACAUCAGAAGAUGAAACUGCAUAUUCUAUACAGUGUCGUUUUGUUAAGAUCUAUAUUUCUAAUCUGUUUGAAGAAUUCAAAUGCCUUUAAUAUUAAGAUAUAUUUUUCAGGUUUAUUUUCAUUUAUAUUGUCUUCUCUUACAGUUAAU